CCACAGAUAGCACUUGCGCGUCGCGUAUUGCUGAACUCACUGAGGAACCAUGUCAAGAACAUCCUACGACCGAUUUCUGACUGUGUUCUCGCCGGAAGGCCGGUUAUACCAAGUCGAGUAUGCGUUCAAGGCCAUCACUGGUUCUGGACACACUGCCGUUACUGUGAGAGGCAAGGAUACAUCCGUAGUCAUCACGCAGAAGAAAGUGCCCGACAAGCUCAUCGAUGCGUCGUCUGUCACGCAUCUCCACAGUAUUACCCCGACUAUUGGGUGUGUGAUGACCGGUCUGACGGCUGACGCCAAAGCUCAGGUAUUCCGUGCUCAAAAGGAAGCGGCGGAUUGGCGGUACAAGUACGGUUAUGAAAUCACUCCUGAUGCGUUGGCAAGACGAAUGGCGAAUAUCAAUCAAGUCUAUACACAACGGGCUGGCAUGCGACCAUUGGGUAUUUCUAUGGUUCUGAUUGGGAUCGAUCCCGACUGCGGACCGCAAUGUUUUAAGCUCGAUCCGGCGGGAUACUUUGUGGGGUUCCAUGCCACUGCUGCGGGACAGAAGCAACAAGAAGCAAUGAAUCACCUUGAGAAGAAGUGGAAGAAAUUGGAUAACGGGAAGGGUGCUGACGAUCCUGCAGGUGCAAGCAAGGCACUUAGCCGUGAUGAGGUGAUAGAGAUUGCCAUAGAAGCCAUGUCGACUGUUCACGCGACGGAUUACAAACCCGGAGAAAUAGAGAUAGGGAUUGUUUCGACGUCGGACGAUGAAAAUCCAAAGACGAGAGGGCUUUGGCGAGUGAUGGGUGAGGCAGAAGUCGAGCAUCACUUACUAGCAUAUGCGGAGAAAGAUUGAGUGAAGAAGGGUGUAAGGGUAUACAAUCAAUUUACAGAUUCAUUCAUCUAGCAAGACUUCAUCGACAAAACCAACCGCGUGUCAUAUUCUUAUGUAAGUACUGAUAGCCACAUCCAACUUGAUACAUCCUUGUUGCAGACGUGUAGCUCGAUGCGGAAGCAUUGUUUAUCAUUACAUUCAGAGGCAUUUUAUGUUUGAUUAAGAUGAGGAUAUUCCAGUGGUCGUGUAUUCCGAACUGCUCGACCAGUUUAUGUAUGGAUACUUAUGUAAGUAGUGGUAGCCACAUCCAAC